CAAGCCCGCCCGGAGCUGCCGCCGUCGGGGAGCGCCCACCCCACCCACGCCGACCCCCUGGCUUAUGGGCGGGGCGGGGCGGGGCCUGGAGGAGGAGGAGGAGCCGGUUCCUCCGUGAUAAGCUGCAGCUGCGCUGGGGGGCCAACCUGUAGGCGCCCGAGCCCGUCGUGCUGGCCAUGUGGCUCCGUUUCGCCCCGCUGCGCCUGCCGCUCCGGCGGCGCCUCCAAACGGCCGCCGUCCUCCAGUGGGUCUUCUCCUUCCUGGCGCUGGCCCAGUGUUGCCUGGGGCUUUUCCUGCUGCUGCUGCUCGGGGACGGCUGGCUGCUGGCGCUCGGCUACGCCGCCUGGCUCUACCUGGACUGGGAGACGCCGUCUCGCGGGGGGCGCCGCUCCUCCUGGGUCCGCGGCUGGGCCGUCUGGCGCUACUUCCGCGACUAUUUCCCCAUCACGCUGGUGAAGACGGCAGAGCUGGACCCUUCCCACAAUUACGUCUUCGGCUUCCACCCCCACGGGAUCCUGGUGGCCGGCGCCUUUGGGAACUUCUGCACGGAGGCCACGGGGUUCUCCCGGCUCUUCCCGGGACUUACCCCGCAUCUCCUGAUGCUGCCCUUUUGGUUCAAGGUCCCCUUCUUCCGCGACUACAUCAUGAGUGGGGGACUGGUAUCUUCGGAGAAGACCAGUGCUUCCUACCUCCUUGGCCAUGAAGGUGGCGGGCAGGUGGCCGUCAUCGCCGUGGGGGGCCCGCCUGAGUCUCUGGAUGCUCACCCGGGGGCUCUGACCCUCCAGCUACGCAGUCGCAAAGGCUUCAUCAAGACGGCCCUGCGACACGGAGCCCGGCUGGUGCCAGUCUUCUCCUUUGGGGAGAACGAGCUCUUCAAUCAGGUCUCCAACCCGCAAGGCUCCGUCAUCCGCAGGCUGCAGGAGCGGCUGCAGAGGGCCAUGGGGCUGGCCCUGCCCCUCUUCCACGCCCGAGGAGUUUUCCAGUACAGCUUUGGCCUGCUGCCUUUCCGGAGACCCAUCCACACCAUUGUGGGAGCUCCGAUUCCAGUGCCCAAGACGCCCCACCCCUCGCCAGAAGCCAUUGAUGCGCUGCAUGAGACCUACUUGGAGAAGCUGACCCAGCUCUUUGAGGAGCACAAGGCCCAGUAUGGGCUGCCCCAAGACAAGCACCUGCUGCUCACCUAGCUGGGCACCAAGGGCCGGCCCGGGACACCCAGAGCCCCCCCUGGGCCGGGCGAAAGGACUGCGCAGGUGCCGGAGGAGCCGCACCGUCUUUUAGGGCGGCUUCCACCAAAGAGGCUCUGGAGGUGUUGGGUUCAAGCUUCCCUCAGUGCCGAGUGGUGCCCAGAGGAUGGCCGUCAGUGGAACUCUCGACACUGCAGGGGUGGCAUGAAAGGCUGGCGAUGCCGAAGCACGCAGGGAAGGCACGAGGCUUCAAAGCAGUGUUGCUGCCGGACUCUUGUGGGGAGGAGGGCGAACUCCUGGGCCGCUGUGUGUCAGGUUCCUGGCUGUGGCCUUUCCUCUGGAAGAAAUAAAAGUGGAGCACUCAA